AUGCCCUUGAAUUCGACCUUCUUACUAAUGACCCAGUUUGUUUUAAGUUCCCUGUAGCAAGAUAUUAAGAUAUUAAAGCAUCAUAUCAAGUAACUGGAAAACAAUAACGAAAGGAUAUAUAAUGAAGAAGGCAAAUCAUAUAAUCAGAUUUUCGUGUCAGCCAAGCGAGGCAACUUUGGCUAAGCAUGUUGGCAAAGAAAAGACAAUAAACACAAAAGAAUUAAUUUCUUCUUAGCGGCCAUGGACUACAAUCAAGAGGAGUAGGCUACCAUUUAAGAUCUAGGUUCCAUUCAUUUUGAUAUGAUGAAGAUUGAGGGACUGAUUCAUAAUGUCUCAAGGAAUAUUUAGUUGCAACAAGAUAUGGACAAGCAGCAUCAAGACUGUAAUUUAUAUUAACUUCCUAAUUAUAAGUAUAGUGACUGA